GGCUCGGAGGAGGUGGCCUGGCUCUCGGCGGAGGUGGUGGUGGCUACGGACUGGCCAUGGGUGGUGGAGGUGGUGCUUUCAUAGCACCAGCCAUCACAGCUGUCACCGUCAACCAGAGUCUGCUCGCCCCCCUGAACCUGGCGAUCGACCCCACCAUCCAGACCGUCCGCACUCAGGAGAAGAACCAGAUCAUGACCCUCAACAACCGCUUCGCCUCCUUCAUCGACAAGGUGCGCUUCCUGGAACAGCAGAACAAGAUGCUGGAGACCAAGUGGAGCCUCCUCCAGGACCAGACCACCGUGCGCUCCAACAUCAACUCCAUGUUUGAGGCCUACAUUGGCAACCUGCGCAGACAGCUCGACGGCAUGGGCAGUGGGCAAGUCCAGCUGCAGGGAGAGCUGAAAAACAUGCAGGUUCUGGUUGAGGACUUCAAAGUGAAGUAUGAGGUUGAAAUCAACAAGCGUGCCACAGUGGAGAAUGAGUUUGUUUUGCUCAAGAAGGAUGUUGAUGCUGCCUACAUGAUCAAGGUGGAGCUGGAGGCCAAGGUUGAUGCCUCUCAGGAUGAAAUCAACUUCCUCAGGGUCGUCUAUGCAGAGGAGCUGCGCGAGCUGCAGGCGCAGAUCAAGGACACCUCUGCUAUUGUGGAGAUGGACAAUACCCGCUCUCUGGACAUGGACUCCAUUGUGGCCGAAGUGCGUGCUCAGUACGAGGACAUCGCCACCCGCAGCCGGGCCGAGACAGAGACAUGGUACCAGGCCAAGUUUGAGGAGAUGCAGACCUCUGCUGUCAGAUACGGUGAUGACCUGCGCACAACCAAGUCCGAGAUCUCUGAGCUCACCCGCAUGAUCAGCCGCCUCCAGAUGGAAAUUGAGUCAGUCAAAGUACAGCGGGCCAGCAUUGAUGCCCAGAUUACAGAGGCUGAGGAACGUGGAGUGCUGGCAGUGAAGGAUGCCCAGCUGCGCAUCAGGGACCUUGAGGCGGCCCUCCAGACUACCAAGCAGGAGAUGGCCCGCCAGGUGCGCGAGUACCAGGAGCUGAUGAGCGUCAAACUGGCCCUCGACAUUGAGAUCGCCACCUACAGGACAUUGCUGGAAGGAGAGGAGUCCAGGUAG